CUCUAGAUAGCAACGCAUAGCACCAUGCUCCCGGUUCGAACCAUCAUCCCGCGCGCAGCACGCGCCCGCCUAUUCUCUACAACUAGAGAGCUCCGAACAGAACUGUCCUACCAGGUCUUUGGACCGGAGAAGGCGGAAGCAAGCCGGAGUCCCAUCGUCUUCCUGCACGGCCUGUUUGGCUCCAAGCAGAACAAUCGAAGUAUUAGCAAAGCUCUGGCACGUGAUCUGAAACGUGAGAUCUUUGCACUGGACCUCAGAAACCAUGGCCAGUCUUUCCAUUCCGAGGAACACAAUUACACCGUCAUGGCAGAAGACGUGGUCAAGUUUCUACAGCAGUUAAAGCUGGACAAGUGUGUCUUGAUUGGCCAUUCCAUGGGAGCCAAGGCCGCUAUGACCGUCGCCCUCGAUUCGCCCAAACUGGUUUCAGCUCUCAUCCCCGUCGACAAUGCCCCCAUCAAUGCUCCUUUGAAGAGCGAUUUUGGCACAUACGUUCUUGGCAUGCAACACGUUGAAGCGGCGAAUGUAUCCAAGCAGUCCGAGGCCGACGAGAUCCUGAAAGACUACGAGGAGUCCCUUCCCAUCCGCCAGUUUCUUCUUACCAAUUUGGUCCGCUCCCCGGAGGACCAAACCAUGAAAUUCCGCGUGCCGCUCUCAGUGAUCGGGGGCUCUCUCGGGGCCAUGGCCGAUUUCCCGUACCGGGAACCGGGCUCUGUCGUGUAUGAUGGCCCAACGUUGUUUGUUCGCGGAACGAAGAGCAGAUACGUGAGCGACGACACCGUGCCCGCGAUCAAGAAGUUCUUCCCAAACGCCCAAAUAGCCGAUGUAGAGGCUGGGCAUUGGCUCAUCUCGGAGAAUCCCGAGGCCUUCAGACAAUCUGUCGUCCAGUUCCUGAAAGAUGCCCCUUAAUUCUACGAUUUGAAAAGAUACCUAUCAAGACAAACUCAUAUACAUUAAUUGCGUAUGUGCAAACCUGUCCCGGAAGUAUUCAACAAGAACGUGGUCAAGACCGCGCCAUCUGAAACCACGAAAAGAAGGGGCGAAGUCAGAUAAUGAUAGUAUCAAUAGGACAUCCAGCGGAAACCAAAAUUUUGGCUGACGAUGGAUUCAUAACAUUCGUAACCUCGUAGCACCAAUGCCUUCAAAAAAACAGGUUUUCCCGUGUAUACCAUUUUUUAGCAGCCCAGGUUUUGUACUGCCUAGUCGGUAAUAGUUAUUGGUUC